AUCCCCCCAUCCCCCAUCCCCCCCGAUGGCCAGCAAGCCCGUGGCCUGUGUCGGCUCGCCGGCCUUUGACCCCGCCACUCGUGUCCACGACGCCCAGGCCAGGACCGAGGCCCUCUCCCUCCUGGCCAACCAUGACCUCGCCGGUGCCGUCAAGGCCUGGUUCCAGCUCCCUGCCGACGACACUUGGACCUACCAUGCCGUCACCGCCGUGACGCUGCCCCAGGUGCAGCACAUCAUCGGCCUCGGCGGCCUCAACGGGCUGCACGCCUGGUAUGCUUCGCCCGAGCGCCGGGACCCGCUGCCGCCCCCGCCGCCACAGGACAUCGACGACUAUAUCCGCAUCUUCCAGCCUUCCAGCCUCACAUCCUCGGCCCUCAAGGCCCUUGCCGCCAAUGCCAAGAAGGCCAGCAUCCGCUCCAGCGUCGCCGCCCACCUCGCCGCCAAGCGCUUCAUCCACCCCGGCGCCGCACACCUCAACAUCCCCAAGAGGAAGCCCUCCGCCAAAAAUGUCCCCCCAAACAUCUACCUGGACUUCUGGGAGUGGUCCUGCCGCAACCUCGAGUGGUGCGGCCCCUGCCCCGAGGCCGAGGCCCGCCCGCAGCAGAGCCACCACGUCCUGCCCGUCUUCAUGCACCACUUCGGCUGCGCCGUGCCCUCGUACGAGAGCCUCGAGGUCUUGCGCCUCGUCGCCGCCGGGAGGACCGUCGUCGAUGUGGGAAGCGGCAACGGCUAUUGGUCCUUCAUGCUCCGCCUGCACGGCCUGCCCGCCGUCGUGCCCGUCGACAAUGCCCAGAGCGACUGGCGUGUAAGCUGGGUCUCCGACACCGUCAUCAGCGACGGCACCAAGUGGCUGGCACAGCCCCGCAACGCCCAUGGCGCCGACAUGGUGCUUCUGAUGGUCUACCCCGUGGUCGGCGGGGGCCUCGCCGGCGGCGUCCAGGGCGGCUUCACCAGGGACCUGAUAAACGCCUUCAGGGGCGACACGCUGGCUGUCGUCGGCACCCAGAACCGGAACGGCUACACAUCUUUCAGCGACAUGACCUUUGACGAGUACAUGCGUCACGAGCAGCCCGCCUGGACAAAGGUCGUCCAGAUACCGCUGCCGAGUUUUGCUGGCAAGGACGAGGCCCUGUACGUCUACCAGAGGGGCGACAGGGCAGCCAAGCUCGCAGCCACCCCAGGAACAAGUCCUGCAUGA